AUGACAUCGGGCUUCCCAGAGGAUGUGAAAAAACGGCAGACGCCCUCUUUAAAAAAUGUGGGCAGUGGUGUAAAAGUCUUCGUAAAGAGGUUAAAGAGAGAUUUUGGGAGAAACAAGAAGAAGAUCUUGCACGUCUUAUUACCCCAGAAAAAGUUCAAGAGUUUGCUAAGUCAGAGUUUGCUCGUAAUCAAGUCAAGGUCAUUGGCGAUUUGAUAGACGAAGGCCAGAAUUCUACACCUCUAGGCCAAAUUGAGUACUGUGAUUUGAGAAACUUCUUGUUCAUACACCUGCUUUCCCAGAAUGGGCAUAGAAGCGGUGUCAUAACGAACAGUACUCUAGAUGAGUACAAGGAAAUAAGCUGUGUCGAUGAAACAUACAUGAUAUCUGUUAAAGAUCAUAAAACAUACAGUCAGCAUGGCCCAGCAAAUCUCUGCUUCGAUGAAAGCCUCAAAGGUUGGUUGGACAUUUACGUCGAGUACGCAAGGCAGCAAGUUGUGAAGGGCGGUGGAUCCACUUGCUUGUUCUUAAACUGGAAAGGAGCGAAGAUGCAGAGCAGCGAUCUGUCAUCAGCUAUAACAAGCGCCUGGCGAAAGGGUGGUAUGAUUGAUAAGGAAACACGUAUCUCAGGAACACUAAUGAGGAAGUCAUGCACAACAGCAAUUCGACAGUACAAUAAAGAGGUCAAGGGUAAUGUCGCCGCACAUAUGGCACACACUGAACGAACUGCAGAUAAGCACUAUCAUCUCGUGCAAAAGCGCACAAACUCCGCUUUUGCUGCUAGGCAAUUGACGGCCGUAAUGCAUGGUAGGCCGAGUUCUCCUGCUGUACCAUCACGUAGCAAAAAUGAUGACAUCGAGCAACCUAGUAUGAGAAAAGAUGAUUUUGAUUCUCCUCCUGAAGGAAAAGAUGAUGGUGAUCUUGAUGCGGUACCUGUACCUCCGGUCCGCCAGACCUGGACAAAGGAGGAGGAAAGAGCAAUAAAAGAAACCUUCGCAGAUAAUAUCAGCCGCCAAUCAAUUACGUUACGGGAAGUCCUUGCUCUUAAGCGCACAAAUCCACUGCUCGUAGACUGUGAAAACAAAAGACUGUUGGACAAAGUGAGAGGAUUGUACAGGUUCAAGAAAUCUCAGGGUUCUCUUUUUGAAGACGUGGAGGCCAGCGAUUGUAAUGACAAUGCGAGCGACUCGAACUCAAUUAUAAGUCCGACUACAACUCAAGGAAAAUCGAGAGUUUUUGAAGAAGAGGAGGUGAUGGUCUUUUUCAAAACUUUUAAGGACUUGAUUCAAGGCAGUCAAAAGAUUGAAUCAAAAGAUGUUGUACAGCGAUUGAACGAGACCGGCCAUGAAGACAUCAUACAAAAAUAUUCUAAGCAGAAAGUUACUGACAAGAUCAGAGGUCUUCGUGCAACUCACAUCAGGCAGUGGAGAAAGUAA